AUGACUGCGUUGAACCACACUGAUAUUAGCCACACAGUCUUCCGUUUGCUGGGCGUCCCUGGCCUAGAGGACCAGCACAUGUGGAUUUCCAUCCCCUUCUUCAUUUCCUAUGUCAUUGCCCUCCUUGGGAACGGCCUGCUCAUCUGCAUUAUCCUCACAAAGCGCAGCCUGCACCAGCCCAUGUACCUCUUCCUCUGCAUGCUGGCCGGAGCAGACAUUGUCCUCUCCACGUGCAUAGUGCCACAGGCCUUGGCCAUCUUCUGGUUCCGUGCUGGGGAGAUCUCCCUAGAUCGUUGCAUUACUCAAGUCUUCUUCCUCUCUUCUACUUUCAUCUAUGAGUCAGGGAUCUUGUUGGCGAUGGCAGUUGACCGCUACAUUGCCAUCUGCUACCCUCUGAGGUACACCACUAUUCUUACAAACUCCCUGAUUGGGAAAAUUGGAGUGACUAUCUUUCUGAGAAGUUAUGGUAUAAUACUUCCCGUAAUAUUUCUUGUGAAAAGACUGACUUUUUGCAGAAGUAACAUUCUUCCACACACUAGUUGUCAGCACAUUGGUUUAGCCAAAUAUUCCUGUAAUGACAUCAGAGUAAACAUCUGGUAUGGUAUUUUUAUCUUAAUGUCUACAGUAACUUUAGAUGUCAUGCUAGUUUUUAUUUCCUAUAUGCUUAUUCUCAAUGCUGUUUUCCGUAUCCCAUCCCAAGAUGCUCGACACAAAGCUCUCAAUACUUGUGGCUCCCAUGUCUGUGUCAUUGUCCUCUUUUAUGUGCCUGGCAUUUCCUCAGUCCUGACAGAGCGAUUUGGACAUCACAUCUUACCUUAUAUGCGUGUCCUGCUGGCCAAUGUCUACAUUUUGGCUCCUCCUAUGCUGAAUCCCAUCAUUUAUGGUAUCAAGACAAAACAGAUCCGGGACCAGGUGAUUCAUGUGUUCUUUACAAAGCAGAAAUGA